CUUCCUCACAAACGCCCAACCACAAGAACAACAACAUCAACAUCAAAUCCCCAUUCUACAAUUUGAACAUACUCUUGACGAAUAUCAAUACGAAGGCAUCGGUGACCCCCUCCGCCAACAACAGCUACAACAGCAAUACAUAAUGACCGCCACCAGGAGCCCGCGUAGUGUCGUCUACUUUGUCAACUGGGCCAUCUACGGCCGCAAGCACUUCCCCUGGGAGCUACCCGUCGAGAAUCUCACACAUGUUCUCUACGCCUUUGCCAACGUCCGCCCCGAGUCAGGCGAGGUUUACCUAACCGACUCGUGGGCAGACCAGGAGAUACAUUGGGACGGCGACAAGUGGGAGGACGGACACAAGCUGUACGGCUGCCUGAAGCAGCUCAACCUCCUCAAGCGCCGGAACCGCAAUCUCAAGGUGCUGCUGUCCAUUGGUGGGUGGACGUACAGCUCCAACUUCAAGGGCGGCGCAGGCUCCCCGCAGAAUCGCGCCAACUUUGCCCGGUCGGCAGUUAAGCUGCUCAAGAAUUAUGGCUUCGACGGGCUCGACAUCGACUGGGAGUACCCGUCCAACGCCCAGGAGGCCGCAGACUGGGUCGCCCUCCUCAAGGCCUGCCGCGAGGAGAUGGACGCCUACGCCCACACCCUGCCCUCUUCUACCCACGGCCCUGGCGGGCGGCCUCACCACUUCGAGCUGACGGUCGCGUGCCCGGCGGGCCCACAGACCUACGAGAAGCUCGACCUGCGCGGUAUGGACCGGUACCUGGACUUCUGGAACCUGAUGGCCUACGACUAUGCCGGUUCGUGGGAUGCCAAUGCUGGUCACCAGGCGAAUCUGUAUCCUGCCAGGAACAACUCACUCGCGACGCCCUUUAGCACCGCUCGCGCCCUGGAGUACUACACGCGGUUCGUGGACAUGGACAAGAUCGUUCUGGGCAUGCCACUAUACGGCCGCGCGUUUGAGAACACCGCCGGCAUCGGCAAACCGUACAGCGGCAUCGGCGAGGGGAGCUGGGAGAGAGGUGUAUACGACUACAAGGCACUGCCGCUGCCGGGUGCGAGAGAGGUGCGGGAUGGCGAGGCCGGGGCCAGCUACAGCUACGACGACAGCAAGAAGAUGCUGGUCAGCUACGACACGCUGCCGAUGGCCAGGGAAAAGGCCGAGUACAUACGGAAUCACCACCUGGGCGGGGCUAUGUGGUGGGAAAGCUCGGGGGACAAGAAGGGCAACGAGAGCUUGAUUGGAAAUGUCGUGGAUGUGUUUGGCGGGGCGAGAGGUUUGAGGUGGGAGGAGAACUGCAUAGAGUAUCCGGAGAGUGAAUGGGAGAAUCUGAGGAACGGGUUCCGGGAGUAGCUAGCAUAAGUCAGGCAGACUUCUCUGGAAAUUAUUAACCACUUUUAAUGCUGUUAUCACCACCACUCCCUAAGCUGACAUCAAUACUCCUGUUCAUGGCGAGAAUAAUCUGGCCUGACUGGGUAUUGACUGGUGGUGCAGUCGUUCACAUAGGUACAGAUCGAGGCUGAGCCUGAAUGAAAAAGGAAACCAG